AUGAAAGGGGCAUCUGUUCAGGAAAAGGAUAGCAUUUGGGAACGCUGGAUAAGGAAGCAGAAGCAAGGGGAAUCCAAUAAGAGGUCUACAAAUGACAACUUGAGAAAAGAAAGCUUUGAUGGAAGUAGGAAAGAUAUUAAUGCAGCCAUUGACCGGAUUUGUGAGUUCACAGGUGAGAACAUUUUUCAAAAUCUGUCAUAUCAUGGUCAGAUAAUUUUAUGGGAUCUAAGGGAGCCAUUCAUUGAAAACGUAUAUAGACCUAGUGUUUCAGAGUCCAGGUUGGAAACAACACUCAUUGAGCCUCUUGAUGUGGAACCAAAUCAACUAUGUGAUAUCAUUGUGGAGCCACUAAGAGAUCGAAUUGUUUGUGGCUUCAUUCAUAACAGCAAACACCAAUAUAUAGCUGUUAUUGAUAGCUUUAUGAAAUAUGUGGAUGAGCCAAUUCAUGCUUUCUCUAUCAAUGAUUCUUCUUCCACUGUUCAAGUCGCUCCUUCAGUUCUUGAAAAUAUGUUUUUGAAUCAAAUCUUCCAAAUGAUUUCAAAUAAGCUUCUUGUUGUGCCCUCUCCAAUUGGUGGAGUUCUUGUAGUCUGUGCAAAUACUAUUCAUUAUCAUAGCCAGUCAGCAUCAUGCAUAUUGGCUUUGAAUAAUUAUGUUGUUCCAGUUUCGAUUUUUGGUUCCACCUCAGCAAGGGCAAUUUCAUCCACGGGGACAAUGCAUGCCCCCUGGUCAAAGUCAGCCAACACAGUUUUCUCAGCCACAUUAGCAAAUGUCUCCACUAACCUAGUUUUGCUUGAGCCGAUUGAAAUGACAUGUGAUCCAACCUAUCUUGUUAAUUUUGUGGAGUUAUAUACUGUGUUGGCUUCCUUUCAAUCUCAUGAAGGAAGGGUCCUAAACUCGCUUAAUGGGAUAAAAGACAUGAAGUCACGUCUAACAUCGAAAGCCGAAUACAUGUUGUCAGAUAUCAACGUACCUUCUCAAUUCAUGAGGAAUUUAAUAGAUGACAACUCUUCAAGUGAGCUUCUAGAAGGAACUCAAAUUCAAGAUUUGUAUGAUCUCUUGGAAAUUAAACUAGUCGACUUCCAGAUAAACUUGUUUGUGCCAUUCUAUCCUACUUAUUAUUUUCCUAUUCUGGAAAACCUCAAUGCUUCUUCUGCUUUAGCAUUAUGCAUUGUUCAGGAUGAAUCAUUAUUGAAAGCAAUGGAGGUCAUACUCACAAAUGCAACAACAAUGUCAUUUGAAGUCAGAUUCGAUAUCCCAUUUGGUGUAUCUCCCAAGAUUCUGGACCCUGUAUAUCUAGGACACAAGUUUCCUCUUCCUCUACAUUUAGCAGAAUCAGGUCGGAUAAGAUGGCGUCCAUUAGGGAACACUUACUGGAAUAUUAUUUCCUAUAGGGUCUAG